AUGACGUCGACGUCUACUCCUACAUCUCCCGCUGGGGAAGGUCACCUCGAGCAUCGGUUCUCACGACUCACCAUGAUCGGAUUGACAUUUGGCAUCCUAAACACUUGGAUAUGUCUUGCCGGUUCACUAGGCAUCGUGAUGCCAUCUGGCAGCUCGGUUGCAUUUUUCUAUGGCUUCAUCUUCUGCGUCGUCUGCAACUUUUGCCUCUCUGCAAGCGUGGGAGAGUUGAGUUCGAUCUGGCCCACUGCUGGCGGCCAAUACCAUUAUGCAUUUGCACUGUCGAGCGAGCAUUGGAAGAUGGCUAUGAGCUUCUGGGUUGGAUGGAUCAAUAUCGCAGGGUGGCUGACACUGAUUACCACUGAAGCCUUCUUCGCAUCACAAUUCAUUUCAGCCGCUGCCGUUGUCGGAUCGAAUGGAGCAUAUGUCAUCACCCCAUGGAAGACGUACUGUAUCUUCCUGGCCGUGUCUGCUUUUGCAGUCGCCCUCAAUAUCUUCGGUUACCGCAUACUGAAUCGAUGGAAUGAAUUCGCUCUAUUUUGGUCCAUCACUGCUUGCAUCGUAGUCAGUAUCACAAUUCUAGCGACAGGCAACAAAACAUCGGGCAACUUUGUCUUCACCAAUUUCACCAACACAACUGGCUGGAGUGAUGGAAUGGCCUGGAUGCUGGGUCUGCUCCAGUCCGCACUGUCACUGAUCGGCUUCGACGCGGUUGCGCAUAUGACGGAGGAGAUGAAGAUACCAAGGCGAGACGCUCCCCAAGCGAUGGUUGCAGCUGUGGGCAUCGGCGGCACAACGGGUAUCGUGUUUAUCUUGGUCAUGUUGUUCAGUAUCGUCGAUGUGGACACUAUUUUGAAGACCAGCACCGGUGCACCGGUGAUCGAGAUGAUCCUCCAGGCCACAGGGAGUCCAGCUGCUGCCGUGGUUCUCAGUUGUGCCCUCGCAGUCUGUUUUCUGAAUGGCACCAAUGGUUGUGUCACCUCCGGCAGCCGACUUCUCUGGGCCAUGGCUCGAGAUGACGGCGCUCCUUUCUCUAAAUUUCUCGCACACAUCCACCCUGGUCUGAACGUGCCUGUCAGAGCAAUUCUAGCGGCCGCAGUGUUCAACAUCCUCUUCGGGCUUCUCUAUCUUGGACCUACAGUUGCAUUCAACGCCUACUGUGCUAGUUGCACCAUCUUCCUCAAUCUCAGCUAUGCGAUCCCCGUCACCUUACUCCUGAUCCAAGGGCGAGGGUUGGUGAAGGAACAGCGGCCUGUUUUCUACCUCGGGCAUAUCAAGGGCUAUAUUAUGAACGUUAUUGCCGUCUGCUUUGUCUACGUGACAUCGAUCUUUUUCUGUUUCCCUGGAGCACUUCCGGUGGAUGCAUCAACCAUGAAUUACGUAUCCGCAGUCGUGGGCAUUUUUCUAAUGUUUACUUCCGGACUGUGGUUAGCCAAGCGAAGACAGUACAAUGGACCGCAAUUCGAGAUCAUUCUUGGAAACGAAGCGCCAAAUGGGCCACAUCCCCCGGAUGAGAGCAAGCCUGGAGCAGAACAAGCAGAAACACUAUAA